GCAGAAAUACAAUUAAGUGUUAAUAUUUUAGAAAAAAAAGUUACAAAUGUAUGUUAUGCUGGGGUGCUAUGGAUGGAGCUGGCAGUUGUCUUUUGGUACCUGACACGUGGUCCAUCAUCAGUGCACAGCCGGUAUGAAUGUGGCAGCAGGGCAGAUCUUGACACAGUCUCACCGAGAUGAAGUAGCUGUGUUCCAGCUGAUGUUGUCAAGGACAAGAGUCACGUGAUGUAUGAAGGCAAACACAUACACUUCUCAGAGGUGGACAAUAAGCCCUUGUGCUCAUACAGCCCAAAGCUCUGCAAACAACGCAGACUCAAUGGAUACGCAUUCUGCAUCCGCCACGUUCUGGAGGAUAAGACAGCCCCCUUCAAGCAGUGUGAAUAUGUGGCCAAGUACAACAGUCAGCGGUGUACCAACCCCAUCCCUAAAUCAGAGGACCGCAGGUACUGCAACAGCCACCUGCAGGUCCUUGGUUUCAUCCCCAAGAAGGAACGCAAGAAGAAACAUGACGCGUUGGAAGAAAUGCGUACCCGGGCUCACCUGGAGUCAGUGGCUCUCAACAUAACAGUGCCAUCUUUACCUCUGAAAGUGUCCAACGGUCUAAACGAACUUCCACCAUCACCACCCUACACGCGCCUCUUAGCCCUUUCCGAUGGGGAAAUCCUGGACCCAUUUGCCUUUUACGAGGGUGACACAGACGGGGAAGACAUAGGCCCCCCUCGGAAAAGCAACACAAUCAAGAAGAAACUACAGAGCCGGCUGGUGCUGAACCAGAAAUUCUGCCAGGACAUUGACCGUUUCCACACACCCUCUGAGCACUUUAGUCCCUCCCCCGUACCCCGCGCCCACCCUCCGUCGCCCCUCAACACGCACCCCUCACGGCAGCAGUCAGGUCUUCUCCAGGUGCCCCAGCAGCAGGGUCUAUUAUGCAAUCCACCACCACCUCAGACGGUCAACUUUUUGCCUCCUGGGACACCUGCUAAUGCAACACUCAGUCCGGCGCACCCUCCGGGGCCAUCACUCAGCAGGAAAACACUUUUUGCUUCCAAUCACGUGGUUGUCAUGCGGCCCGCCUCCUACUCGCCUUCGGCUCGCUGUCUGGCCCGGUUGCAACAUCUGGUGCAGCUUUGUGCCAAGAGACACCAGGAAUAUGGGCACCUCUUUCCACAUUUAGGAUUGGACUGGUCGGAAGACAGUGCGGAUGACGACGAGGACGAUGAAGAAGAUGAAGCAGAAAGAUUCCUUCCUGGCCUGAGCUCUUGGAGACCGCAGAAUGGGCUGGAGGACGACGUGGGCUCCUCUCGUAGAACGCGGAUAUUGCGGCUUUGCUCAUAUCUGCAACAGAAGUACAAGCACAUGUGCAGGCAGGAGAGGGCGAGUAUCCGCCAGAAGAGAUACCGUUAUGCCUUCCGCAAAGCCUUGCUGCACGCUGCCAGCAAAAACCCAGACUGUGCCGGACAGCUGGUCCAGGAGUUACACAGUUUCUCUCAAAGUACAUCAAGCGCUGGAUCAGAACAUCAGCAAGGUGGAUGUCCUCCAAGACAGCAGAGCACAGACACGGGGACGUGUACCGGCAGCACAAAAGGCCAAGCCUGCAACAACAGAGCGCUGCCCUUCACCAAACACUGUUUUCAACACAUUCUGUUGAAUCGCUCCCAGCAGCUGUUUGCCAGCUGCACAGCCAAAUUCGCAGAUGGUCAGCAGUGCUCCAUUCCUGUGUUCGAUAUCACACACCAGACACCUCUCUGCGAAGAGCAUGCCAAAAAGAUGGAUAACUUCCUACGCGGGGACGGCAAUCGGCGGGUGCAACAUCACCACCACCACCACCACCUUCAUCAUCACCACCACCAGCAGCAGCAGCGUAAACCACGCAAAAAGACCAAACCACCGGCGCUCACCAAAAAACACAAGAAGAGGCGAGUGCCGAGGAGGCCUCAAAAGCCUAUUCCUCCCGCGCUGCCUCAAGGGAACCUGGGAAUGCCGUCGAUGAGCCUCGCCAUGUCUUCACAGGCCAGCAUCAGGAGCCCCUCGACUCCGGAACUGAGUGCGGACGAGCUCCCCGAUGAUAUCACCAAUGAGAUGGAAGACAUUCCAAACGACCUGGAGCUAAACCAGGAGGAUUUUUCUGAUGUCCUACCGCGGCUACCGGAUGAUCUUCAGGACUUUGACUUGUUUGAAGGUAAGAAUGGCGACCUGCUGCCCACCACAGAAGAAGCAGAGGAGCUGGUGCGAGCCCUGCAGGCCAUGGGGUCCUACCCGGAUUCCUUGGUGUGCCUGACCUCCAUAGGAGACCUAGCCCCCUCAGAAGGCAUGGACCAUCGAGCCAUGGCGGUCUUUCCCUGUGCCGUGCAGCCGGGGGGCAUGGGGGACAUCCUCACCGGCCGCAUCCCCACGGAGAACUUUCCUAACCUGGAGUUGGAGGACAAUCUCCUGCAGUCAGCAGGGGGCCACUUCCCUCCUUCGCCGCCAUCGCAGCCCACCGACCUGCCCCGGACGUCGGCAGCGAGCCGCUGCGCCGCCUCGCUGAACGCUCAGUCGGCGACAGCGCGGACAUUUGCUCGCGCGCACCCUCCCCACAUCAAGUCGGACUCCAUGACGUCGCCCCCGCGAGGCGGGCACUACGGCGAGCACGUGCCAACCUCGUACGGCAACCAAAUGCAUUCGCCGCACGCCAGCCCCUUCCACACAGACGCCCCGCUCCUGCUGGAGGUCCCGCGUUCAUCUUGGAACAACCUCCCCCUCGCCGACCCCACGCAGUUCGGGAACCUCAUGGGCCCGGAGAGUCAUCUCAUAUCCACGUCCCUCUCCACCCCCCCCGCCGCCACACACUCGGUGACGCCCAUGGCCGCGCUCUCCGCCAUGCCUCAGAGCGGCCUGACGGGCUUAACCGCGCUGCCAUUGCCGCCGCCGUCGUCCGCGCUCCCCCUCUCCUCGCACGACCCCCUGGCGUCCCUGCAGCCCAAGCUGCAGCUCCCCCAGUUCAGCGCCGCCUUCGGCCACCAGCUGACGUCCCACAGCGGCAUCCCCAACGACGUGCAGCCCAGCCACAGCUCCACAGCGCCCCCCACUGGCUUCUCCAUCAUUAGUGCCACCACUGCAAGUGCCAACGGCGCGUCGACACCUUUCACGCAGAGCAACUGAGCGCAGACUCGCCCCACCCAAGUUUUUUUUUCUCCCCCACUUCCACGGUAACGGUGAGCGAUUUGAUCAUGACUUUGCACAACCUCAUCACCAUUUUCUGUUAUCAGCCAGAUGAUGCCUUGUGGUUCUGGCAGUGGCAAAGGAGGGUGCAACUUCAACCCACAACCCCAAUACUCUUUUAUUCCCUCAGCAUCAGCACCACAUCUUUUAGUUUGUUGCUCGUCUCACCAAAAUACUUUUUAAACUCUUUUUAUAUUGUGUAUGUAUGCUGUAUAUGUGCUCAUUUAUUGCUUUGUGCAGACUUCUUCUUAGAAAUCUCUGACCUCACUGGCGGUUGUGCGACUAAGCGGCUCGCCACACACACACACACACACACACACACACACACACACACACACUCUUGUAUUUGCUACCUUCUUGAGACCUCCGAAAAAUACCUACCUCUAGUAUUAUGAUAAAAGUCGUAAUUUUACUGGACACAAGUUUAGUUUUUCUUGUAAAAUUUUGACUUUUGUCGAGUAAAAUUACGACUCUUUCCAUAAAAUUGCCAAAACUUUAAGCUUUUCUUGUAAAAU